GGCUGACCCUUUUUGCAGCGGGUAUGUCUGAAGACGAGACAGCUCAGGCUCCCAGGCCCAGAUUGUUGGAGCAGAAACAGCAGAACGUGGUGCAGCGCGUGGCGGCCCUGCCCCUGGUUAGGGCCACCCGCACUGCAGUCUCCGAUGCUUACAGCAUGGCCAAGGACAGGCACCCACUGCUGGGCUCUGCCUGCCGCCUGGCUGAGCACUGCGUCUGCGACCUGACCACCCGUGCCCUGGACCACGCCCAGCCGCUGCUCGACCACCUGCAGCCCCAGUUGGCCACAGUGAACGACCUCGCCUGCAGGGGCCUGGACAAGUUGGAGGAGAAGCUGCCCUUUCUCCAGCAACCUUCAGAGAUGGUGGUGACCUCAGCCAAGGACGCGGUGGCCAGUGGCGUGACAGGCGUGGUGGGCCUGGCACAGAGGAGCCGGCGCUGGAGUGUGGAGCUGAAGCGUUCCAUGAGCCAUGCCAUGGACGUUGUGCUGGGCAAGUCGGAGGAGCUGGUGGACCACUUCCUGCCAAUGACGGAGAAUGAGCUCGCGGCUCUGGCAGCCGAGGCCGAGGGCCCGGAAGUGGCCUCGGUGGAGGAGCAGCGGAAGAAUCAGGGCUACUUUGUGCGUCUGGGCUCCCUGUCGGCGCGAAUCCGCCACCUAGCAUAUGAGCAUUCUCUGGGGAAACUGAGGCAGAGCAAACACCGCGCCCAGGACACGCUGGCCGAGCUGCAGGAGACACUGGAGCUGAUUGACCUCAUGCAGGGUGGGCCCCCCUCUGCCGCCCCCGUCUGCUCCGGGAAGGUGCACCAGCUGUGGGGGGACUGGGGCCAGCGCUCCCUGGAGAAUGGCCGCCGCCGGAGCCAGGCGGAGCUGGAGACGCUGGUGCUGUCACGUAACCUGACGCAGGAGCUGCAGAGCACGGUGGAUGCGCUAGAGAGCAACGUGCGGGGCCUGCCCCCCAGCGCCCAGGAGAAGGUGGCCGAGGUGCGGCGCAGUGUGGACGCCCUGCAGGCCGCCUUCGCCGACGCCCGCUGCUUCGGGGACGUGCCGGCGGCGGCACUGGCCGAGGGCCGUGGCAGCGUGGCGCGGGCCCACGCCUGUGUGGACGAGCUGCUGGAGUUGGUGCUGCAGGCUGUGCCGCUGCCCUGGCUCGUGGGGCCCUUUGCGCCCAUCCUUGUGGAGCGGCCCGAGCCCCUGCCCAACCUGGCAGACCUGGUCGAUGAGGUCGUCGGGGGCCCCGACCCCCGCUGGGCGCACUUGGACUGGCCGGCCCAGCAGAGAGCCUGGCAGGCCCAGCACGGUGACGGCCCAGGCCUCCAGGGGGACAUCCCCGAGGAGGAGCCCGAGUCCCCCAGCCGCCCGGUCAAGCACACCCUCAUGCCGGAGCUGGACUUCUGA